ACACCGUAACAAGAGGCUUGACUGUUAGCACACAGCAGUUACAAUGAGCGGAAGAGGAAAGGGAGGAAAAGGACUCGGCAAAGGAGGCGCCAAGCGUCACCGCAAAGUCCUCCGCGAUAACAUCCAGGGAAUCACCAAGCCCGCCAUCCGCCGCUUGGCUCGUCGUGGUGGUGUGAAGCGUAUUUCCGGUCUUAUCUACGAGGAGACCCGCGGUGUGCUGAAGGUGUUCCUGGAGAACGUGAUCCGGGAUGCGGUCACCUACACCGAGCACGCCAAGAGGAAGACCGUCACCGCCAUGGAUGUGGUCUACGCCCUGAAGAGGCAGGGCCGCACUCUGUACGGCUUCGGCGGUUAAAGCAGACCCUGACCCGCGGACACUGAAACACAAAGGCUCUUUUAAGAGCCACA